CUGGGGUCCGGAGGGUUUGCGGUCGUGUACCGGGCCUCGUAUCAAGGCACGGAGGUUGCGGUCAAGGAGCCUCAUAAUCCUUGCGAUCUUGAAGGCAGCAAGCUGAUGCGGAAAGCAUUCUUCAGAGAGGCCAACAACCUCUUCAGAAUACAUCAUCGCAACGUGAUAGAGCUGGUCGGAGCCAUGGUCGUGGACGAGGAAGGGAACCCUUGCUUCCUGCUGGUCACCGAGCUACUGCGGCGACCCCUCACCGAGUACAUCGAGGAGACGAUGAAGCCAGCGAGUGAGAGCGAGCGAAGAGCGCGGGGCCACGUGGUGAUGCUUGGACUGGCGGAGGGUCUGGCGUACCUGCACUCUAUGCGCAUCAUCCAUAGGGACAUCAAGCCCCAGAACAUCAUGCUUGACGACAAGGACAUCCCAAAACUCAUCGACCUGGGGCUUUCGAAGGAGAAACAAUCCAUGGUUGCACCAGUGCACAGUGCAGGGGGAGGCACUCUAGAUUGGAUGUCGCCAGAGAAGCGACGAGGCGAGCCCUCAACAACCGCAUCUGACGUGUACGCCCUCGGGCUGGUGAUGAUGAAUGUGAUGACG